UUCAUGAAAUGCCCCUGAGGUUUUAAAAAACGCACCAAAUACCCUCGCCUGUUUCGAUUCACAUAAUAUACCCCUAUUUAUCCGUACUGUUCAUGACAUGCCCCUGUUAGCUAACGCCGUUAGUCUGCCGUUAGUGGUGUUUUACUUAUUUGCCCUUAAUUUUGGUUUAGCGCCAUUGACUUCCUUCACUUUCACAGAAAGACCAAAAAAAAAAAAAAAACCGUUCACAUUUUUCUCUUUCUCUCUCCUCUCCCCUGUUCUUCUUCAAGCUCUAAUCCUACUCAAACCCUAGAAAUUCUGGGUAGAUCUUCAAUAUUUUUGUGAAUUUUGCUGCGCACCUUAAAGGCGAGUUCGUGGGUUGUGAUUUUGCUUCAAUCGCGACAAAAAAGGGAGAAACUUGAGGCGAUUUCCAGUUGAGUUAGUGUUGAAGAGGAAACGGGAAUUUAAAGUUGGUUAGUCUACUUCCAGGAUGAGUGCUAUUUGGUUGUGACUACGUUAUGGGUCACAUAGUUUUGAUAUUAGAGUGGGAGACAUGGAAAAAUAUCGUUUGUUGAAGUUGUUUCUUGAUAUCUUUGAGGAAUCAGUUAAGCAAGAUGUUUUUUUGCCUAGUACCUUUAGCUUGUAUGUUGACGGUCCUUGUGGUAAGGUUGAAUUGAAUGAUGAUAAGACUUUAAGGCUUCUGUGGGGAUGGAAUUGGGGUAAAGACACUGCUGAAAUUUGGGUUGAGGGAACAGAUAAACCAGGAUUGGUGUUUAGGAAUGCUGUUGCAACAAUUGAGAAUCAUAGAAAGGAAAAAGAGAGACAACUUAAGGAGAGACAAGAGGAACUGUUGAGGGCUCAAAGAGAGGAGGAAGAGGCAAUGAGGAAACAACAGGAAAGGGAGGACAUUUUGAGGGAAAUACAGGAACAAAUGGAGUACACUGUGGCUAUGGAGGUCCCUGUUGUUGAUUGUGAGGACAUGAAGGUUGAGUAUGUGAGAGUCAUUAGCAAAGAUGAUGCUGAUGAGGUGUUUCCAGGUUGCUCUCAACCAAAACAAACACAAGAAUCCCCAAAGAAACAACCCACCCCACCCAAACACACAAAUCAUGUUGCUUCUAAGUCAAAAGGCAAGGAUAAGCCUGCUUCUAAGAAACUAACCCCCAAAAGGAGGGCAUCAGCUAAACAACCCACCCCACAGAAACAACCCACCCCAUCUAAACAACCCACCAAACAACCUACACCACCACCCCCACCACCCCCACCACAGAAAGAACCCACCCAACCAAAACAACAACAACACACACCACCACCAGAACAUCCCACCUCUCCACCACAACAACAACAACACACACCACCACCAGAACAUCCCACCUCUCCACCACAACAUCACACCCCUCCACCACCACCAUAAAAUCCCACUCCACCA